AUGGCGCACCUGAUGCGCUUGGAGGAAUUGUAUCUAAAACUCUCUGCCGCUGGUGAAUGUAUCGACGAUAACGAAAAGCUUGUAGUGCUAUUGGGCAGUCUGCCUGAGGAUUUUGAUGCUAUGGUCCGAAUCAUCGAAGCGACAAGUUGCGCCACGCUUUUGGAUGCGAAAGAGAUGCUGCGUCAAGAACAUGAGAAGCUCAUGCGUCGUGACAAGAAAGGAGCUGCAUUCAAGGCCGGCCUUUCUCAACGUAAUUCUCGUCCUGCUCGCAAUGGUGAUGGUCGCUAUGAAAACAGUCGGAAUGGCUAUCAUGGACGACGCAAUGGCAACGGUAACGGUGGUCAUGGUGUCUGGAAGAAUCAUGCUCCGCGUAGGAUGGUGGUCGGUUCAACGGCCACUGUCAUGGAUGUGGUAAGUAUGGCCACAAGCGACAAGACUGCACCCAGCAGAAGUAGGGCAGUGGUGUUGAGUUUGUCUUCUCGGUGA